AUGACAGCGCGGAGACAUAUUUAUGAGAAUACUGGGAUGAUCAGUGACAUAAUAAAUUCUGGGACAGCAGUGAUUAAUUUUGAUAACAAGGGUACAACGGACAAUGCGCUGUUGAAGAAAAACCAUUUUUAUUACAAAGGAAAAAUAAUUGAAUCUCAUGAAUGCUUUGAUACUUAUAUUGCCCCUGGUACUCUGGUUAAAUUUUCCGGGUACAAUUGGUCCUCAGCAGAGUACUCAGACUGCACUUGGUACGCAACCAUGUGCUGGACAAUUGAUCACAACCCAUGGUCCAGUGUUGUGAUUAAAAGCGGCUUGAUGUUUAUAACAGGACGAGUUGCUGAUCUUAAUGGUCGCCGGGGUGUCAUUGAGUUGACUGAUAACUCAGAAAGAGUUCAUAGAAUUUUGUUCGUGGCUACCAAGUUCUAUCCCAAUGGCCAAAAAUUUUCUGGCAAAAUUCUAUCGGAAGAAUUGACUAUUGGUCAAAGUAUUAUGUUUGACGCAAUUCCUUGCAUUCCUGAAGAAAAUGAAGAAGGCUGCCAGUGGUUUGCUUCGUGUGCCUACGUUGGCUACAGACCUUACUUAAAUAUCAAGACGCCUGAGAAAAUUAAUGGUGUAACUGGUGGAUUGUCGCCAGUUUCAAAUAAAUGUACUAAAAUUGAUGAUUAUAAGGUCAAUACUAAUGCUAGCUGCUUUAAACUUAUCAAAGAGUACAUGAGUAAUCCAGAAUCAUUGUUCGUGUGUGGAAGAGGGAUUGUUGUCGACAUUAUUAAUGAUGAAUUUGGCGUUUUGCUGGGUGAAUUCGGUGUUAAUCAUUUCCAAACAAUUCUGUUUCACCGCCAUAGUGUGUUUAUUGAUAAAUUUUGUUUAACCACGGUUAAUCUGGCGGAAAUAUUUACUAAUGGAGAUCGAUUGAAAUUCAUCGCCGUUGGAGCACCGCCGGGUUUUUUCACUGAAUGGAUCGCCGUACAAAUUUCCGUGAUUUUGACUGACUUGAAGAAAGAACCAGACGAAACUUGUUCAGAAUUUAGUGAUUCUGUUUAA